UGUAAAAUCAUACUUCGUAUAUUUACUACGUUUAUAAAAGAACUAUAGUUAAAGUAGCUAUAUAAAUAGUGAAUUAUUCUAGUCCAGAGAGAGUAAUUUAUUAAAAAAAAAAAAGUAUGUCAUAUGGAGAGAGUAAUUUAUUUGGAGUAAUAAUCAUCGAUAAAAUCUUAAAAUGUAAUUACUUAUCCAAUGAUCCAAUCCCUAUGGACAUGGAUUUGUAUUGAAGAAAGAAUAUAAGCAUAUACCUCUGCCAAUAAAUUUCAUUUGUGUUUUUUCAUCGUCUUGUUUGUGAGAUGAUGGACAACCCUCCACUCUCUGAUGUUGUUGCAUCUCUCCUCCAUAAACUGGAACCCUCUAAUCUUUCAAAAUGCAAAUUCCCACCAGAUUUGGAAAAUGAUCUUACAAAACUGAAAGAUGCACUGCCCCUUCUGCUUGACCCUAGCCGCACCCCCGAUUUAUCUUUAUCCACUGAUGAUGAUCUCGAGUACUCUGUUCGCAGGGUAGAUAAUUUACUGGAUCUUCAUUUUGAUGAGAGUUCUUUAAUUUUUGAAGACGAUGUAGAAGAAGAGAAGAGGUUUGAGGAGCUGAGGUUGGUUAUCUCACGCUUGGCGCCACUGUUUAAAAGUUGUUCUGAUCCUAGUGAAAUUACAGAGUUUGAGUUGCCUGAAAAUGUUGAACGACUUCCGCCCCAUCUUUUUAGAUUAGUUGUGUAUUGCUCAAUUUAUCCUAAAGGUCAUAGAUUUGUCAGAGAAACUCUGGUCUAUAUGUGGAUGGCUCUGUAUCUCAGUCCCGCAGAUAUCGGAAAGCGGCAUUUUGAAGAGCUGCUUUCCAGAGGGAUAUUUGAAAAGCCCGUGUCUGUUUUUGGUAAUGGAAACAGCAGAAGCGUAUACAGCUGCGAGAUGAGCCCUGUCGUCCAUGACGCAGCACGCCGCCUUGCAGCUGAAGAGGUAGCCGUGUUCAAUACACGUACUACUGAUGGUUCCUCUUCUGCAGUUGUUAGACAACGGACUAAGCAUGUAGCAUUCCGCAAGAACGGGUUUUCACGGGUUAACCUGGAAAAGGUGAUCCAGAAUUUUAAAAACACUACUUCAUUAUUGAUGUUCUCUAGUCACUGGGAUGCAUUUUUUGGCGGAUCUGCAGGUCAAAUUGUAAGAUUGGAUAAUAUAAGACGGCUUUGUGUAUUGGACUUAUCUGGAUGCCAAUUUAAGAAGCUUCCACCUAUCCAUCUAUCUUCCUUGUCAGGGAAUGUUCUUCUCGAAAGCUUUUCUUUUGAGUUCUUUCCGCUCGUGGAGACAUUAGAUAUUCAUGGAUGUGUUCGAUUGGAAAAUGUCGAGGGUUUAAGAUUACCAAGGAAUUUGAGUAAUUUAUACUUGACAUCCCGGCAAUCAUCUUUGCCUUCUCGUUCCCCCCAAAUAAUGUUAUUAGAACUCUCUCACUGUGUGCAUUUGAUCGAAAUUGAAUAUCAUGUAGUAGUGAGAAAAUUGCGCAUAUUUGACUGCCCAAGCCUUAAAACACUUCAUAUCAAUUACUUUGAGGAAUUGGUUCUGCAUAAUUGUGCUAGUCUAGUUCUAGACUUUGGAAAGGAACACAUAGCAGGACCGGAACCUACAGUAAGAUUUAUUAAGAGAAACAGGGAAGAAUAUUUUUCCUUUCUCAAAAGAUUGGAACUAGUAGGUCUUCCAAUGGUUCGGUUGCCUGACUGGGUUCAAUUCGCCAAGGUUCUUGAGUAUUUCAUGAUUGCAGAUUGUCCACAGCUACAACAGCUAGAAAGUUUGAAAUACCUUAGAUCUCUUCAGGAAUUAUACAUCUAUAAUUGUCCGAAUUUGCGAUCUAUACCUUAUAACGCACUCUACUCACUUCCUAACCUCAGCUUACUCGAUGUCAGAAAUUGCCCAAACUUCAAUGGAAGACCCACAUGGUUCUCCAAUAUUCAGGGACAAGAGCACUCUUAAAAGUUUAUCUUGAUGGACAAAUCUACAAGUUUUCACCAAGUCAGGCAAGUUCAUUUUAGUUUUUUUCUCAAUUCAAUUGCUCAUGCUGACAUGGUUAUUGAGAGAAUGUAGUACAAAGUAUUAUUUUAAUUUUUUUUUGGUGAACUAAUUAUUAUUGAUAACAGACCACAUAUGUUGAUUAGGACACAAAUUAAGGAAAAAUCAUAGAAAAAUUUUAAAAAACACCAUUUUGUGAAAAUUGAAGGGAUGAGAUUCAGGAGAGAGAAGAGUGGUGGGAGGAGUGGACAAUGGAGGCGAUGAUGGAGAAGAAAGAUAAAUAUCAAGUCAAUGCCGAAAAACGUGAAAAACUAAGAGCAAACACAAUGGUUAACCACAAUCUUUUGGUUAUUAUUUAUUUUAUGGAAAAUGCUAUACAUAGCCCUUAA